AUGCUGGUGACCAAGCAUGGCGCGGAGCUUUGCGCUCAUCUUGUCAACGACAUAUGUGGCGAGCUACCUGCACGAAUCCUGGCCGUGUUAUUCAGCAAGGGCAGGUCCACCAUUGCUCAACUUAUCCAGACCACGAGCCUUACUCCGCGGCAGUUGCGACAUGGCCUAGCCCUCCUCGUCCAGCAAAGCCUCAUUUACCACCAGUCCGACUCCAAUAACAAGAUCGGCACCUACGAAGCGAAUCCCGAUGGCUGUUAUAACAUUAUCCGAGCUGGAAAGAUAAUUGAGAUGGUCGGCACCGAAUACGGCUCCGCAGAGCAGGAGGUUGUACAAACGAUUAUGCAGCUCGGCCACGCCCGAGUAUCAGAUCUUUUACAGGCUUUCGAGGGGAGAAACGGGGCGGGCCUCAACGGUGAUCAUGCGACAAACGGUCAUGUCAAUGGUAACGGUUCUAAGCCAAAGGCCAAUGGGCAUGGGUUGGCGCAUUCAUCUCAGGAGCUCCAUUCUGUUUUGAACCGUUUGAUCGUGGCGGAAAUCGUCGAUCAGGUCGGACCUAAGACGUUCAGAAACCCCGAAGACGUUUACCGAGAAAUCGAAGAGGAGGUCACCAAGACAGCCCCUGGCGAGCGAGCGACGGCGCGGAACAAAGAACUCAUGCAGACAGAGGUUUCGAAAAGACUCCGAGAGGCACGCGAGGAGAGCAAGAAGUUGAAGCGACAAGUCGGACGAGGUGGUAUGUUUCCGACCAAGCGGAGGAAGCUUGCAAAUGGCAAAGGACGAAGACAAUCUGCAGACUGGGAUGAGGAUGUACCUGAGCUUGACUCCCACAUCGUUCUCAGAGUUAACACUGAGAAGUGCCUCGUAGAGCUGCGAAACCAGAAGCUCGCCCAGUACGCGGCUGAUGCUUUUGGAGAAGUCACUGGCCUCGUAUAUCACACGGCAUUACGGCUGCUGACGCAACAGGUUCCCCGCUGUCAAUUGGACCCAAGAAUCGACUCCGAUAAUGACGGUGAUGGUCCAGGCUCGAACUCACGCCAAGUCACUGUGACCAGUCUGGAAAUUCUCGAAAAUCUCGAUGACUCCAUUGAUGUCUCUCAUGGAGUUGGCAAGGCUUCUGCAGACCAGAUCGACUUUCGCAGCGCCGAGAAGGUCAGAGCUACGCCAAGCCAACCCAUGUACGAUUCUGACGAUUCUUAUGAUGAAGGCCCAACGGCCCCGAGGGUUUCAUCUCGUCCCAAUAUGAAUGGCGUAAGGAGGGCAGAGUCGGAUGAUUCCGAAGACGAGGGGCCACGGACAGCUUCCGGUUCCCGCGAGACCAAAGUCAAAUUCGAGGAUGGGCCUGUAUCGGGCGCCAGUCGGAUCGACCAAAUGCGGCAACAUUUGCUGCUACUAUCUGAGAGCCGACAAGGCUUCCUGCGGCACUGUGGCAGUCAGGGUCGAGGGCAGUGGACCGUCGACUUUAAACCAUUGAUUGAUGGAUUCAAACAGACAGAGGUGGACGCUGUCAUCGAACAGUCAUUUGGUCGUCAUGGACUGCGUCUGACUCGGAUAAUGCGAGAGAAGGGCAAAUUGGACGAAAAGAUGCUCCCCUCUCUCGCUCUGAUGAAGAAAGGAGAGGUCCAAGGCAAAAUGCUUGCCAUGCAGAUGGCCGGCUUCGUUGAUGUUCAGGAGGUACCGAGAGAUGCCAGUCGAACAGCGACGCGAACUAUGUUCUUUUGGUUCUUCGACAUUGAGAGGACUGAGGCACAGCUGGUCGACGACUAUUACAAAGCAAUGCUUCGAUGCCUUCAAAACCUAGACGUGCAUCGGUAUCGGGAACGCAAUAUUCUGUCGUUCGUCGAGAGAAGGGACGUGAAGGGCAAGGAGGAAGAGGUCAUGACUGCGGAGCAUUACAACAAGUACAGCAAGUAUCUGGAGUUGCAGAGCAAACUUCUUGCUCAUGUCAUGAGACUGGACGAACUAGUGGGAGUGUUCAGAGACUAUUAG